GGCACUGGGACUUGGCCUGGAGGACGAGAGCACGGACUUCCACUGCCGCUUCAGGCAGGCCAUGGACCCCCACGAGAUGGUUGUCAAGAACCCGUACGCCCACAUCAGCAUCCCCCGGGCCCACCUUCGGCCUGACCUGGAGCGGCAGCUGAAGGCGGCUCCCUCCUCUGUGGAGCCGCAGCCUCUGCCUGUGGGUCCCUGCAGCCUGGAGCCCGCCCGCCUCCUGCAGCCCGUCCAGGAGGCCCCAGGACCCAAGGGUGCCAAGGGCGCCAAGGGUGCCAAGGGGACCAAGGGGGCCGCCUUCAUCAAGGGCCAGCAGGCCUGGCAGCAGCCCGGCAACCCCCGCUGCCACGGGCAGCGCCCCGCAGGACUGACCUACACGGGCCUGCCGCCCAUGGAGCGCGGCGACGACAUCGCCCACCACUGCUGGUGUUGUCCCUGCUGCUCCUGCUGCCACUGCCCUCGGUUCUGCCGCUGCCACAGCUGCUGCUGUGUUGUCUCCUAGCCUGGGCCCUGCGGGGCUGCGGGCCUGCCCAGGACA